CCAGUGGCAGGGAGCUUGACAAAUCAAGAUGGCGACCUACGCUGAAGCAGGAAAGAGGUUUCAGUAUAAAUAAAACUCACAAGGAGAACAGUUUAAAUUGGAGUGCCACCGCGAUAAGACGUCGUUUGAAUUUUGAAAGGACAAGACAGAGCUGAUACUGUGACUCUAAAUGGCUGCGAGGAAGUCUGGAACAGAUGCAUACAACAAUGGACCCAUCAGCUACCUUGAUGAUGUUCCUUUCAAAAUAAAUGAUAAAUUCCGCUGUCCAGCCAAAGUCGGGCUGCCUGUUGGUUUCUGUCUGCCAGACUGUGGCUCUUUACUUUUGGACACACAGUAUGACUUUACUCUGGAGAGACGCAGUGUGCGCUGGGGGCUAGAACUAGCCGAGGCCAGAGCAGCAGAGGCCAGAGCAGAGGAGGCAGCAGCCCAGCAGGAGGCAGAGAGCAGGGAGUGUUUGAGCCAGGCCCAGGACGCUGAUGGCAGUGGAGAGAGAAAGCACCUUUCUGCUGCAGAGGACCAGGACCUUCCACCACCAGCAUUGAACCCUGUUCUGGCAGGGCUGAGCCAUAAUGCAAUUCUCACCCCACUGCCCGCCCCAAGCCUUGGCCCCAGGAAAACCCAGCCUAGCACUCCUCAGCCGCACAGUCUCAAUCUAGCUGAUUUUGAGCGGGAAGAAGACCCCUUUGACAAGCUGGAACUCAAAACUUUGGAUGAUAAAGAAGAGCUAAGGAGCAUCCUUCAGAGCCAGCCCCAACCGCAGCCUCAACCUCAGCCUCCUCCUUCUGUGUCCCCACCAGAGGUCUCUCAGUCAGGGUCAGCAUCACGAGGAAACAGUCCAUCACCACCCAGCACCAACACCAGCCUCUCAGCCAAACCAGGCUUUACCCACAAACCCAAUGGGUUGGUUAACUUGCUGGACAUGGACAGAGUUGGGCAUCCUGGAAGAGCAGGGUUUGAUACGGACGAUCGACCCUGCAAUAUUCGCUCUCUGACUUUUCCCAAGCUCUCCGAUUCUGGUGACCCAGAACCAGUUAGGUACAGUCCACUCCCUGCGCCCAUUCCUGCUCCCCGACAAAGCCUGCCUAAUGGCAGCCCACCAACCCUACCCAGGACUCAAGUUAUUGUUACGCCUGAGCCGCCCUGCCACACCAAGAGUGGCACACCAAAGCCAACCAACCCAGGGUCAGGUUCUGCUGGUCUGCCGUGUGGUGGAGCCCUUCUCAGCAUGAAUCCUGGUGAACGCCAGUGUGUGGAAACGCUUGUGGGCAUGGGCUACUCCUAUGAAGGUGUCCUACGGGCCAUGCAAAGACAAGGACAGAACGUGGAGCAGGUACUGGACUAUCUGUUUGUCCAUGAUCGUCUGUGUGAGCGGGGCUUUGAUGCAAGUGCAGUGGAGGAAUGUUUAGAGAUGUACCAGUGCUCAGAAGAAAAGGCCUUGCAGUUUCUUGAGCUAAUGUCAAGAUUUGGUGAAAUGGGAUUUGAGCGUGAUGCCAUCAAAGAGGUGCUGCUAGUCCACAACAAUGAUCAGGACAAGGCGCUGGAGGACCUAAUGGCUCGUGCCACAGCUAGCUGAGCCAAGCCAGCCAGCUCACCAAAGCUCUACCCAGGGCAUGCCUCUCGCUACCACCCAACAGUCCCUUUCCUUCUGCCUGCCCUAUCACACCAUGCCCGGCCCUUCCCUUGGCUGUGGAAGGAACAGCUGGGAGACUGUUGUAUUUCUCUCUGUGCUAAAACGUAUUGUGUCUCAGCACUUCUUAAAGACUGUGUGCCUAGAGUGAAGGGGGUUAAACUCUAACCAUACUUCAUGGUGGUGUAUUUGGUACAGUUCAGUUAUUCAACAACAGGAGGAAUGACUAAGCUGGAAAAUGAAAGAAUUGGGCUGUGGCAUUUUGAUGCCAUUCUGAUUUGCUUCCACUUGGAAGUCUUUAUCUGACUGCAGGCAAAACUGCAGAACUGAAUAAGGGGGAGCUGGUGAUGGGCUCUUAGUGCACCACCGAAAGACCAGUGUGAACUUUGGAAACUCCCAAACAACUAAGCUGCCAUCUUCCACUGCUCACUGCAGACCUAGUAAAUGGUGGAGGGGAUAGGGGGCCUUGAAGAGGCUCCUUACACUGAAUGAACUGAUGUUAAAAAUUCAACAAAAAAAAAGAGAGGAAAAAAAGGCACAGUCACCUGAUAGAGAACUGAUUCUCAAGAAGUGCCCUCUGUGCUGUGGUGCCCUGCACCGAUUUCUGUUCUGCUUUAUGCUUACAUUCACUCAUGUCUGUUUUUCUCUUCAUUUUGGGCACUUUUUCAUGUCAGUUUAAAGAUUCCAUUUCUUUGCUUUCUGUUUUAGGAAUUGCAUUAUAAAUCAUUAGUCAUUAUAAUUCAGAACACAAGAGUACUACUGCCCCAGUAUGCUCUUUAACCUGCACUGGAAUAGCCUGUUAAAGGAGUGGGAAGAGAUGGGGAAAGUUCCUGUGUAGGAAAUUUAGAAAUAUCCCAUGACCCACUGACACUGAUGUGUCACAUACUUCACAGGCACACGUUUCAUAGUUAUCAGCUUAUUUAAAAUAGUACACUGACACUUUGAUUUAAAAAUAAAGAGUUUGAUAUGUUAAUGUCAGAUAUGUUAACUUACAAACGUGACACUUUUAACGGUCAUGAACUUUUGUUUGCAGACUGGAAAAGAGUGAAUGGUUUAAAAAUACAAGAAACAAAUUGUAAAUGGAGGGUUGUUUUUGCAGCCACAUCCCAGUGCAAUAGAGAUUUCAUAUUGUGUGACUGUUGACUGGCACUUUGAGCCUCAAUUAUUUGUUGGGAGAUAAGUAAUGGCCUUUAAGCCUUGCUGGAAAAUUGGAUGAAACUAGAAAAGGUUUGAUUUCAGUGAUUUCUAUCAUUCAUUCUCUGUUAUUGGAUUUCAUUUGACCAAAUCUAAUCAAACAUGACUUUGGUUUAUUGA